AUGGAGCGGGAACCGAUCGAGGCAGCCCCAGGAUUCUCUAUUCGUUUGAGAGAAUUAUCUGCGAAGGAAACCAAGGAGUGCCCUAGUCAAAGGUUCUGCUUUGAUGUUUCGGUUUCCCCGCUGGUCGCCAACUCUGAGUCUGAUAACAACGAUUCUCCUUGGCCUGGCAAUGUCGUGGACUUCGGAUUCAAGAUCUACAAUCGAUUGAGCUUGGCCGAGAAAGAGUCGUACGAUAAGGCUGUGAGUAAAUUUGUCGACGCCGGCUACUGGGUGCCGAUCGAUGACGAUGCUGUAAUCCGUGACACCGCUGCUCCAAAGGUGGUCAGCUUCCCUGUUAAGCAGGUUGACGACUCCGUACCUGACGGUCCUACUAAAGUAACCAGUUUCAAAGUUAGACCGGUCAUUCAGGCCGUUGGAGUCAAUCGUGUUAUCAAGGCUGGAGGGGCUGGAAAAGCUUCCUACUCCGGCGACUCUGUUCCUGAGAUCCUACUGGGAUCCUACUAUCGCUUCCAGCUGAUGGCACGGUCAGAUUCAAAUGGAGAUGCAGUGUCAUCCCUUGGUUACCUCUAUAUCCGAGGCGCAGGCCGAUGGUAUCGAUGCGAUAGGCUUGCAUUCGGACUUCUGCACGGUCCGGCUUCGCUCCAAUCCGGCAUGUCUACUCUUCUCCGUCUCGCCGGGAAACUGGAACCUAGCCUCGCAGAGUUGCCAGUUUACAGCUUCUAUGAUGAUAUAUUGGUUCUUAUUCCUAUCAAUAAGGUUCCGCGCUAUCUCUCUACUAUUUUACCUCUAGCUGAACGGGUCGGUUUGGUUAUCCCUUCCGAUCAAAUCGCUCUUCUUAGCGAUGCCGCACAUAGUGUCUGCGGCACUACCUGUGAUGCUGGGUGGGGUCUACGUCUCGGCAAUCUGAUGCGCGUUAGGCGGAAUAGCCUUCACAUCAGGUGUUUGGUCAAGAAGAUCGACUUCGUCAAGAAGUUUGAACUUGUAGCGGGCAAGACCACCCGGCGAGAUGUGCGCAGGCUUACUGGAUUAUCUCAAGCCGGGAAUAUUCUUCGUCUGCAUCCAGUGCGAGCCUUAGCGUCUUCAGCUGUUAGCAAGAUCGUAGCUCGACUUCCUCCUUUGGGUGAAUGGGAUUCUCCUUCACUUUUAUCUGAAGACUCAGCUCAAUAUUGA